UGAUUGGUAUUUGCAACUGUGCAACUCUUCUGAAAUUCGUUUUUCGUGCUUUAACCAUGGCUCUUUGGAAUUACGAUCCUUUCUCAGACUUCUUCUCGAUGGGCACGCCCCGUAGUAUGGAUCCAUGGGGAUUCUCUCGGAUGGAUCCUUUUUCCCGUUGGGGAGAACCGCCCCUUUCCUCGCUCUUGACACCGGAUCUCUACAUCAUACCAACUGUUGUGACGAGGCGCCAACAGCAGAACAGAGAAGUCAUUAGUGACAAAGAUAAGUAUCAGGUGACCUUGAAUCUUGGUGACUUUAAAUCCAACGAGAUCAACGUUAAAUUAGUUGAUCGGGCAUUGGAAAUCUGUGCUGAGCACAAGGAGAAGCCGGACGAAACUGGCCAUAUCUCUCGUAAUAUAAGACGCCGUUACAUUCUACCCCGUAAUGUUGACUUUGAACAUCUAAACGCCACGUUGUCGGAUAAUGGAACUUUGGUGGUGUGUGCCACAAAGAAGCCGAUAGAACCGGGAAAUGAGAGAACAAUUGAAGUCAAGCAGCUGCCACCACAAUCUCAGCAGCAACAACAGCAGCCACAGCAGACAGCUCCUGUGACCCAGAAAACCGAGCAAGAAACUGGUAAGGGAUCCAUUAACAUUCCAGUUAGUCACGAAUAGGCUAAGAGGAGAGAAAAAUGGAACCCAACUAUCAAAAUCUCAUCAA